CACCUUCUCUCUUUUGAGUUUUUCACCUCCUCCUCUCUUCUUCCCCUCUCUCACAGCCAUACACAGAGGGGAAGGAAGAAAAGGAAAAAAAAAAAAAAAUCUUGCUCAGGUGGUGAUCAUGAUAUUUCGCACCACCAUCGUUCUCUGAGAGAAAACCCACAAAAUUUUAAAAGAAAGAAACACCAUGGAAACCAAGGUUCCCAAUGUGGCAACGACGAAGAGAACAUUGAGAGGCUACGUGGAACAGGAACUGGGCAAGUGGCCGCACUUCAUAGUCUACGCCGUUUUGGAAUGGGUCUUGAUCCUAGUCCUGUUCGUCGACGGGUUCCUGGCGUUCUUCGCCAACGAAUACGCCAAGUUCUUCGACCUCCGGCUGCCAUGCCUAUUCUGCACCAGAAUCGACCACGCCUUCCGCCACAGAUCUCACGACUUCUACUACAACGACUCCAUCUGCGAUUCCCACCGGAAAAAGGUCUCCAGCCUGGCUUACUGCCACAUCCACAAGAGGCUCUCCGAUAUCAGGAAAAUGUGCGAGGGCUGCCUCCUCUCCUUCGCCACCGAGAAAGAAUCCGGCUCCGACACCUACAAAUCCCUCGUCGGAAUCCUCCACAAGGACGUCGAGCUCUUCUUCGAGGACGACGAGGUCCAGCUCCCAAAACAGCCGAACGACGUCGUCAUGGCCGCGGCCCAGGCUCACCAUUCCCUUCACCGAUGCUCCUGCUGUGGGGGCCCACUCAAAGGCGGAAAACCCAAGGGGAAAAGCGCCGGAUUCUCUCAGGCUCCAACUCCGUCCCCACGAGCGCCGACGGUGGCGGCUCUCCGCCAUCUCGAGCUGCCGCCAUCGACGAGGUUCGACGUGGAGAAUAACAACACCAAUAAUAUGAUGGACGAGAUGGGCGAGGAGCUGAUGAGGACGCCUAGCUUCAUCCGAGGGAACAAGUUCUUCGGCAUCCCGCUGACCGAUUCUGCGACCACGACUCCCCGGUGGGCGAUUCGGUGCCCUCCUAAGAAAUCGGCGCUCGACAGGGGGUCCGAUUUCUCCGCCGAGGAAGGCGGAGGCGGGACCGGAGACCAGAGCGCCCCGACGGAGCCAGAGGGCGGGGGCGAUUCGAGGCAGGUCCGAUUAGACCGGAAGUCGCUGAUGGAGCUGUACAUGGAGCUGGACGAGGAGAGGAACGCGUCGGCGGUGGCGGCGAACAACGCGAUGGCGAUGAUCACGCGGCUGCAGGCGGAGAAGGCGGCGGUGCAGAUGGAGGCGCUGCAGUACCAGCGGAUGAUGGAGGAGCAGGCGGAAUACGACGAGGAGGCGAUCCAGCUGCUGAGGGACGACCUGAAGAAGAAGGACCGGCAGGUGAAGUACCUGGAGAACGAGAUCGAGGCGUACAGGAUCAGGUACGGGGAUAUAAUGGAAGAUGGGUUUGUGAUGGACGAGGUUGAUGAAGAUGACGAUGAUGGAGCGUAUCAGGAGGUGGAGGCGUCGGAGUACGGUACCCCGAGUUAUGGCGGAAUGGGGAGCAACAUCAACAGAGAGGAGAGUUCAGGGAAGAAUCAGAGUGAGAAUGCAGGGGAGGGAGGCUCUGUGUCUGUGUCUGUGAGGCCCAACAAGUUCGGUGGACUUCGCCGGCUGAAACAUCUCGAGUUGGAAUCGUCGGACGAUGAGACAGAGCAAGAGAGCAGAAUGAAGGAUCUGUCUCAUCUGCGAGCGCGGGUGAGAGCAUUGGAAGAAGAGGAUGAUUUCUUCAGAGAUGAUCAAGUAAUUACAGUAGGAGGAGGAGUAGAGAACGGGAGCGACAAGGGGAAACUUCUGUCGGAGAUAUCCGAGAACCUGCACAAGCUUCGUCAGGACUUCUGAAAUGUGUGUUGUGUCUUCUAUGCAAGCACAAAUCCACACCAUCCUUUUCAGUGUAAAGAGUAAAAAGCUUCCUCCAGUCCAGUGAAUGUCUCUCUCUAGCAGCACGUAGCUUCUUCAGCAAGUAAGAUAGUGGCGAGAAGCAUACUAGACCCUUCCUUGACUGAGCGAGCAAGGAUGAUGAGAGAAGACACCCUUUUGGAAUUGGGAAGGGUUCCUUCCUUCCAUCUGUUCUCCAAGACAAGCCUUUCCGGGUCUGCGAGAGAUGAGAUUUGUCGAGCCCAGCUUACCAGAUGCUGGUUGUAGCUUUAGUAGGAAAGAGGGGAGAAACAAUGCCAACACAACUGUCUGUAAUAUUUAAGCUUCAAGUUUUGUGUCAGUUUCCCCUCCAUAAGUUUAUACACUCCCCAUCGUCAAUCCAUUUGUUUCCAGUUACCACAUAAAUUUGACUUUAACAAACAGGACCCAAAUAAUCAUAUUGUUCUCAACACAGAGCAUCUCUUGGAAAAAAAAAAAACACAACUAUAACUGUUAGUGUGUGGUAUAUGAUCCACGAUUGAACAUCUUCCAACAACUUGAGUUAUUGGGAUCAACUGGUUCUUGACAUGGUAUCAGAGCCUGGAACCAAAAGGUCAUGUGUUCGAAUCUCCACGACCCCCAAUAUUAACCGCUGUCUUUCAAGCACAUGGUAUGGUGGGCCUGUGCAAACUUCAAGCCCAUGGGUUGGCUUUUGUUUGAGGGGGCGUGUUAGAUAGUGGUAUAAGAUCCACGAUUGAACCUCUCCCAACAACUCGAGUUAUUGGGAUCAACUGGUUCAUGACAUGGUAUCAAAGCCUUCUGUGACCAAGAGGUCUUGUGUUCGAUUCCCGGUGACCCCCAUUUGUUAAGCACAUGGUAUCCUUGUCUUCAGACCUGUGCAAACUUCAAGCCCUUGUGAGUGACUUUCGUUUGAGGGGGCGUGUUAGUGUUGUGGUAUAUAAUCCACGAUUGAACCUCUCCCAACAACUCGAGUUAUUGGGGUCAACUGGUUCUUGACAAUAACAGCCUUGGCUGCAGGUUUGCCAACGAGGCAUGGACUAGUGUUCCUUGUAGCUCUUCUUUCAUUCAAGCACCAUCAGCAAGCUCAGUACUUCCCUUGCUGAUGAUCUGUGCAUGCAUCUGACCACGCUGACAAUUUAACCACUCCACAGAAAUUCACAUCAUUAAUUAACAAGGCCUUUGCCCAGCUCAUAAAUCUCCUGCAGUCUGCAGAACCAACUCAAGAUAGAGAAAGCAUUUUUCUUUCUCUACCAUCAGAUGAGGCAAUAAGAAGGUCCGACAUCUUUCUUCAUAUGACCCUCUAAAGCACAAACUAAGUUUAGAUCAAGAAUUGCAGUUGCAGGUUCUCAGCCCAUAAUUUGUACUUGCCAUGUAGGCUGUAGCUUAUUUUAUUUUUGUGUGUUGGCUGGACAUAAUAGUUUUUAUCGGAAAAAUUCCAAAAUACACAUAUUUUUUAAAAUUUUUUGGUUUAAUACACUUGUAUAUCCAAAACUUUUACGGUUGUGCCAAUAAUAUCCAAAUUUCUCGAAAUAUCACUUAUAGCCAUGUUUUAAAGUUGUUCUUUGUCAAAUUUAUCCAUUUCCGUUAAAUACUUUGACGGCGUUAAUAAUUCCGUCAACAUAGCUGACGACUAGCUGACUGGGCGCCAACUAAGCAGACACGUAAGCGCCAACUAUGCAAAGGUGACAUGUAAUAAAUUAAAAAUAAUUUAAAAUAAUCUCCCAGAAUUUUUUUUCCGCUUUCGUUUUUAGGGUUCGCACCCUGGCGGCGAUUGAACCUCCUCCCGCCGACUGAAUCUCCUUCCAGCGAUUGAAGAUCCUCCGGCCGACUGAAUAUACUCCCUGGAUAGUCUGCUACCAUUCCCUCUUGAGAUUCACCAGGCCUUUAUCCACAUCUCUUCUCAGAUCUGUCUUCUUUUAUGACUACUCGUCUUCUCGCCAUCGUUUAGUCUAUGUCCAAUCUCUAGCAACAUGGAUUUUAGGCUAUUAAUUUUGAUAUGAAGCAGGGGGUUUGAAGGAGCAUGCCACCAUUUCCCCAAGCCUUCCCCUGCCUCUUCUUCCCCCUCCGCCGUACCCUAUCACCAUUGUUAUCGGUGACAACACCCCGGCAGAUCUACGAUUCACGGUGAGGAAGCUCUGAAAUCAAAGUUUUCCCCCAUCAUUCCCCUUCCUCUCCUUCCACCUCCGCCGCACCCAAUCACUAUUAUUAUCAGAGGCGACGACUUGGGAUUCUGGCCAGGCCGAUGUAGAUAAACAAGAGGCAGUUGCGGCGGCGGGAGAGGAUAGAUAGCUAAUGGUUUGAUUUGAUGUUAAUGGUUGAUCUCUAGGAACUUCGAUUCACUUUCUGAUUUGAUGGAUAUGAAUGAGGUUGCUGGGUUCGGGCAUCGGCAAGGUGAGGGAUUUAAGAGGAUGGAAAAAUCAAAAGAAUGAAGCUUGGUAGGAAAAGAGGGGAAGUGGGUAGAAAAAAGGAGAAGGGUAGAAAGUUAGGUCGAGACUAGGGGUGAGGUCAGAUGAGUGGUUUGAAAUUUUUAUUGUUUAAUUUUUAAAUUAAAUUAAUCAGCAAUCCACGUGGAUAAUUACAGGGGAAUUGGAAAAUAAGCGUUCUCCACGUAAGCACCACCGUUUGUCCAGUCAAACUUAACGUUAACAUCGUUAAAAAAUGUGACGGAAUAUACAAGUGUAUUAAAC